GACAAUAAGUGGCACGCGGCUCCACACAAUGGUUAGAGUGGUUGAUCCACUUUGAGCUUAGCCAUGGGUGUGCUGGAGGUACUUUGGUGUGCAUUUGUUGGCCAUAUCUUGCUGGUUCCUUUGACAGAAGCUGCCUUUAUCCCAAGCAUUCUUCCUUUUCCGUAUGAAAUGGCCAGUGAUUUCAAUGCCAUCCUCAAUCCCUGGAGCGCACGACUUCCUGGAUUUGGCACGUCGGCUGAUAUUUCUUCUGUCAUGAAGGCCGUUCAGGUUUACUGUGAUGAGCGCGACCUAAUUCUACUUGUCAACAAGAGACUGGCUGAUGUCACCCUCCACCGAGAUGAAAUUCAGUUGGGUGAUGGCUGUUACAGUAACAGUGAGCUACCAAGCCAGCUGAUGUUCAUGUACGGCUACGAUCAAUGUGGAACAAGUCAUGACGUGGAGAACGGCUUGGAUGUGUUCUCCAACUUUCUUCAUUUCAGUCCCAGGAAAGUCUUGAACACGAGGCUCACACCCUCUACUGUGCACUUUUCUUGUCUUCCAGAUAGGUUAAAAGAACCAAAGUUGCCCUACCACCCACUUGCUGAAAAAAGCAGACGGUUCAGCAUACAAGCAAUGGAUCCCUCAUGGACAAGUGCAGCGGAGUCUAACGUCUAUAUGCGAGGCCAAAUCAUCAAUGUUCAGGUGUCUGCUAAAAUCGGUCCUCAACAGCAGCUUUUUAUCCAGUCGUGCUUCAUCUCUGCAUCUCCUGCGUUUCACACCAAACCCCGGCAUGCAAUCAUAAUGAAUAAAGGCUGCACAGCCCCAUUUGGUUCUCCUUACACAGUCAAGUUCCUCAACUCGGACAAUUCAGAAGUGAAGUUUGCUCUAAAUUCCACCUAUUUGAUUUCAGAGCUGUACAUCCACUGUAGUGUGCUCAUCACAGACAUUGGGAUAACAAGUGGCUCUAAAUCUUGCAACUAUGAUGUGGUCCACUCGAGAUGGGAGGAUCUAAGUGGCAAUGUGAAGGUGUGUCAUUGCUGUAACGCAAAGUGUAAAGGCCUGUCUGUCAAGCAUCUCUCUGAAGAUGCUAAUGCACUUGUUAGCACUGGUCCAUUGAUCAUGGUGCAAAGACCAGCACCCACUAUCCCAAAACCAGCCUUUAACGACAUGCAGUCAGAUGCCGCCGCACCAGAAGACGAGAGUGUGAUUGACACUUCACUCUCAAGUGAAUUCCAGUGGCCCACUCCACUAAGCGCUGUGGUGGUUGUGAAGCAAGACCCGGUCUCCAGCCUGACACUUGUGCUACCAGCGCAGAAUGAACAAAGCGACACUGUAAAUGAUGAAGCAUUAAAUGAGCUCCAGAUUCCCAUCCUGAAACUAAAGACGAACCUAAAUGAUACCAAAGGUCAAAGUGCAGACUUGGCCCCGGACAGGCCUCUGCACAUCGAAGUGCGAGAUGAACUGCGGGGUGAUGAGAAAGCAGUGGAAAGUCAAGACCGGACAAACUCUGCCCAGCCAAUACGCCACUCAAAAAUUCAGCUGUCCAAAAGUGCUGAUGGCUCCCAAACUCUAAGUUAUGAGGAAGCGGUGGUAGCACAAGAUGGAGGUGCUUUUAGAUCACUUGGAGUAGAUGAACCUGGGUGUAAACACAGGCGAGCACGCAGGGGACUACGUUCUACUUUUCUGGAUUUGUUGAGGAAAAUGGAUAAAAAGGAGUAACUACAACUCUCCAGCCGUAUUAAAAUAUAUAUUUGCCAUUCA